CCGCCCUGGGGCUCUGCUCUGGCCCAGGCACUGCCUGGGGACGGCAACCCCGAGUCCGCCUGAGCGUGGGGCAGGAAUGUGACGCCCCAAGGCGCAGCCCCCACCCAGGCUGGGGAUGGGGAAGGCAGACUCGGGUAGCGGGUCGGCUUCGAUGAUGCUACUGCGCAUGCUCCGGUCACUCAUUAACCGACAGGGGGCGGGGUUCCUCCCAGCUCCGUCGGCGCCUGGCGUCUCUGCCCUGGUUGCCAUAGCAGCGGGUUGGAUGCGCGGCCCGCAUGGCGCUGCCGGAUCCGGUCAGAAGGAGGCUCGGCUCCUUCAGCCGGACUGUGUUCAGCGACAGCAACCGCACCGGCCCGGAGCGCCGAGGCAGCGGCGGCAGCCUGGAUAAUGAAAUAGUCUCCAGCUUGCCAUUGCAGAUGUCCCUCUAUUUCAACCUUUACUUUUUCCCAUUUUGGUGGGUGAGCAGUGUUGUCAUGCUCCAGCUGAAGGUACCUGAACUGGCUGGCUUUUGGCUCCUGAGUCUCCUCCUGCAGUUGCCCAUAAUCCUCUUCUUGCUCUUUAAUGAAGGUUUGAAGAUCCAGCCCCUGGAGCGAGCAGUCCACAUCAUUUUUGCCCUUUUCCUCACCUUCCAGGUCAUUGCAGCUUUUCUUGCCUUGAAAAGAAUGGUGAACCAGCUGGCAGUUCGUUUCAGCCUUAAUGAAUUUGACCAGCUGGACGAUCAUCUAGCCUGGGAGAAGAAGAGGGUGCAGGCUCCAUGGAGGGUAGGACAAAAUUUUGAGGAGGCUCCUCCAUCAAAUAUUGAUUGGGAGUCUGCACUCCGGGCUUGACAGCGUUACUAGAAUAGAGCCUCAGGAUGAACAUCUCUUGCUACUAUAGUCCCUUUGUUCCCAUUUCUUUGGCUCAUUCUCAACCUUCCUAGUUUUCAGAGACCCUAAAAGUAGUUCUUCUGCCACAGCCAACAUUAAAGAUGAGAGAUUUGAACUUUGCUUGAACGUCACAUUGGCACUAUUAGCUCUGCCAGUUAUACAGUUGACUUCAUUUGUAUAUAGUUAUUCAUUGGAUGAAAUGCCUGCAGCGUGGGGUUGGUAGGUUUUAUACUUAUGCAAACUGUAAUUUUUUUUAAUUGUGUACAAAAGAUUUUUACUGUUCAUGAUUUUGCACAAGGAUAUUUUGUUUACAAUAAAUUUCAUAUUUUAUUCAUUUUAAUAAAA